GCAAACUUUGAUCCAGCCAUGUAUAACACAACGAACACAUAUUGGGAAAGAUUUCAUUUUGACAGUGAUUAAUAGUCGAGAUUUGUAUCACACGAUUGCUGCUCUCUCUGCUUCUUAAGUCUGUUACAAAAAGUUAGACAAUCGGUGAUUUGGUGUACAAAGGUGUAUCGUACCAGACCGGCAACCGAAAUGGCAGAGGAAUUAGCGAAAAAGGGAAGGACGAUUUUAGUCGCAAUGGACGGGAGCAAACACGCUAUACACGCUUUUGAAUGGUAUGCACAGAAUGUGUAUAUGGAGACAGACAAUGUUAUCAUGGCCCACUGCGCGGAACCAGGGAUCAACGUUCCACCUACGGCUCUGAUGGCGGGUAACCCAACGAUGAUCCAGGCCAUGAUGAAAGACCACGAAGAUCAGGUGAUGGAGGUGUUCAAAACCAUCGACCGUCUCGCCAACAAGUAUAACAUCAAGCACAUUCUGGAGCGUCUGCACGGGCCUCCGGGUGAGUCCAUCAUCAUGGCCGCAGAGAAGCAGAACGCCGACAUGAUCAUCAGUGGUAGCCGUGGUUACGGCACCAUCCGGCGCACCAUCUUGGGCAGCGUGAGUGACUACAUCGUCCACCACUCGAACGUUCCAGUUUGUAUUGUAAAGCACGAGGACGAACACCACAAGCUCAAAUAAAGUGUCGCCGUCGUGUUGUCAAUGACAUUCAAAUACGAAUACGUGUUAUGCUGGUAGUUUCGUAUUUACGAAACUCGCGAUAACCAGAUCUUCCAAAAUGUGUGUUAAUUAGCGUAUUGCGGCUCUGAUUUUAAAUUUAUUAUCCGAUUGUAAAAACAUCUUUUGAUGCGAAUUGCCAUAUGUAUUUUAUAUUGUGAAUAUAUGUGCGAAUCCGAACGUGAAAUCAUUUGAAUAACUUAUCAAUAAAGCUUCGGUAUCGACUUUUCAACCAGUUGGUAGAGGUUCGUUUUAAGAUGGCUUUUGGUGGAAACUGUUAUUCCCAGCCCAAGUACCUCUUUCAUCAAUAACGUUUGAAAAGUAAAAGUAGACCAACUGAAUGCUGUUUUAGUUGUUUUUUAUAUUCUUUAUGUAAGUGUUUAAGUAUUACUGUGAUUCCAUGACAGUGUAGAAUGCAGAAUAAUACAGCUAUAUUUAGACACACAAAUUGUGCAAUACAUGUAUUACAAAUAAAAAAUAAUGUAUA